AUGCCUCCAAUAUCCUUUUUAUUUGCUGUUACUGUCUCGACAAUUUUGAGUACUGUAGGACUCAUUGUGAAUCUGUUUAUUGUGGUGGUCAAUUGCAAGACUUGGGUCAGAAACCACAGAAUCUCCUCUUCUGAUAGGAUCCUAUUCAGCUUGGGUAUCACCAGACUUCUUACGCUGGGACUGUUUCUACUGUACAUGAUCUACUUCAUCUCUCCACAUGCUGGAAAGCCAGUCUCCUUAACCACUUUUUUCAUGUUGUGUUGGAUGUUUUUGGACUCUAAUAGUCUCUGGUUUGUGACCUUGCUCAAUGCCUUGUACUGUGUGAAGAUUACUAACUUCCACUACUCAGUGUUUCUCCUGCUGAAACGAAAUCUCUCUGCCAAGAUCCCCAGACUGCUGCCAGCCUGUGUGCUGAUUUCUGCCUUCACCACUCUCUUGUAUGUUGUGCUCAGACGGACAUCAUCAUUUCCUGAAUUUGUAACUGGGAUAAAUGGCACAGCAUUUCACAUCAAUGAGGGCGUCUUAUAUUUGAUGACCACUUUGGUCUUGAACUCAUUUCUCCAGUUCAUCAUUAAUCUGACUUCUGCUUCCUUGUUAAUAUAUUCCUUGAGGCGACACAUACAGAAGAUGCAGCAAAAUGCCACUGGUUUUUGGAAUCCCCAGACUGAAGCUCAUGUGGGUGCUAUGAAGCUGAUGAUCUUUUUCCUCAUCCUCUACAUUCCGUAUUCAGUUGCCACCAUGCUCUUUUAUCUCUCUUCUUCUGCAGAGAUGAAUUUGAGAACCAGAUUCAUGUGUGCAAUUAUUUCCACCAUUUACACUCCAGGACAUUCAGUUCUCAUUAUUCUCUCACAUCCUAAACUGAAAACAAAAGCAACAAAGAUUCUUUGUUUCAACAAAUAG